AGGAGGCAUGGAGGAGCUGGGCUGCACCUGGGCUUGGUACGCCGUGCUGCCCUUACUCCUGCCUGCCCCAGGUCUGUCCCUCAGCCCGGAGGUGAGCGCAGACCGUUAACGAGUUCGUUUUUAUUAAUUACGGGGAGCGGGCUGAGCUGUGGGAGGGGUUGUGUUGACGCUGCCCUCGCUCACAGCUGCCGGUGAGGAGCUUUGGUGUGAAGGCCACCAUCGUUUCCCGCUACGCUUCCACCUGUGUGUGCGGCGCCGUGCACAACCCCGACGCCCGGCCGCGCCGCGCCGCCUUCCAGCUGGACCUGCCGCCUGCUGCCUUCAUCACCAACUUCACCCUGAUGGUUGGUGGCAAGGAGCACCGGGCUGAGGUGAUGGAGAAGCGCCGGGCUCGGGAGCUGUAUGAAGCGGCCCGCCGGCAGGGCAGGACGGCCGCCCAUGUUGGCACCAAGGAGAAGGAAACCCAACGCUUCCAUGUGACGGCCUCGGUGGCAGCCAGCAGGGAUGCAUCCUUUGAGCUGUGCUACGAGGAGCUGCUGCGGCGUCGCUUGGGCACGUACCGCUACGCCCUGCACCUCCAUCCCCACCGCGUCGUAGCCGAGCUCUGUGUGGAGCUGAGCAUCACCGAGCGGGCCGGCAUUGCUCAGCUCCGCGUGCUGCCUCUGCUCGGAGGCCGGGUGACGCCGUCCAUCCGGGUGGAGAAGGGCACGCACUGCGCCCGUGUCGCCUUCAAACCCACCCCGCAGGAACGGGCAGCGCUCGGUGAUUUCGUGCUGGAGUACGACGUGGUGCGGCGUGACGCCGCAGGGGAGGUGGAGCUGUACGACGGACACUUCGUCCACUUCUUCGCACCCACUGGGCUGUCCCCCAUCCCGAAGGAUGUCGUCUUCGUAAUCGACGUCAGCGGCUCCAUGUCGGGCAUCAAGAUGAAGCAGACCAAGGCGGCCAUGCGCUCCAUCCUGCACGACCUGCGUCCCCACGACCGCUUCAACAUCGUCGCCUUCGCCGAGGCCGCCUGCGUGUGGCAGGAGGGCGGCUCCAUUCCGGCCUCUGCAUCCUCCAUCCGCAGUGCCACGCGGUACAUUGAUGCCCUUCAGGCUGAUGGCUGGACCGACAUCAACCACGCACUGCAGGUGGCAGCUGCUCUCCUUCACCGCCUGGCCGAGGAGCCCCGCGUCGCCCUGCUGCUCCUCCUGACAGACGGCGAGCCCACCGCGGGGGUCACCGACGUCCCCCGCAUCCUCUCCAACACCCGCCGUGCCCUCUCCCCCUCAGCUGCUCUGCUUUUCGGCUUGGCUUUCGGGGCCGAUGCUGACUUUGCCCUUCUGCGCCGUCUCGCCGCCGCCAGCGGGGGAACAGCGCAGCAUAUCCCCGAGGACGCCGACGCUGCCUUCCAUCUCACCGACGUUUUCAGGGAGAUCGACAGCCCGCUCCUGCGGGACGUGGAGCUCACCUACCCCGGCGCAGCCGCACGGCACGUCGCCCCAAAGCUGUUCCCCGGUUAUUUCCAAGGCUCUGAGCUGGUGGUGGCUGGGAAGCUGGAACCGGGCACGGAGCGGCUCCGUAUCCAAGCAUCCGGGCGAGGCGGUGAGGGCGAGCUCCACGCCGACACCGAGGUGGUGGCAAACAUCACCGAGCUGCCACCCAGCUGUCCCCAACACCCUGCUGCGCUGCUCGGUGCCUUCGUCCGCCGGCUGUGGGCCUUUGUCACCAUCCAGGAGCUGCUGCGGGCUCAGCUGGGUGCCAACAGCACGGCCGCAUGCCGCCGGCUCGCUGCCGAGGCCACCGAGCUGUCCCUGCUCUAUCACUUUGUCACCCCCUUCACCUCCCUCGUGGUGACGACACCGGGUGACGGAGGACUGACGUCCCCCCCCAGCAUCACCACCAUCAGCCCCACGGGGACACCGGACGUCACGGGGACACCAGAUGGAGCUGUCACAGCUGCUGCUACAGCACGGGGAGAACUCGGGGACCACACGGUGACGGGGGACACAGUGCCACCCACCGUGCAGCUGCAGCCCCCCCCACCCCAACUCCAGGUGCCCCCGGUGCCGUGGGGGGGUCCCAGCCUGCCCCGCGGCCCUGGGAACGCGGUGCUGCUGCAGACAGAUGAGGCCGAGCUGCUGGCACCCGGCGUGGGGGGUGAGGAAUUCGUGGAGUCCUUGAACCCCCCCGUCUAUGUCAUCCUCACACCCACAGGGCCCCCUGAUGAUGAAGAUGCCACAGAUCUUAGCCAUGAUGUUGAUGUGGCUUCCUCCAGCCCCACAUUCUUCACCUUUUCAGCCUCAGUGGAUGGGGACCCCCACUUUGUGGCCCACGUUCAGGGCACGCCGUACCCCCUCUGCUUCACCCUCGAUGGUCGCCCCGGGGACAUCCUGCAGCUGCUGACUGACCCGUCACUCGGACUAACAGUCCAUGGGCACCUGAUGAGUGCCCCAUCCUGGCCGAGCGCCCCAUUACGUCCCCGCACCUUUGUCAACACUGUCACCAUUUCGGGGCACACCGUCAUCGUCACCGUCACCCUCCAGGGGAUCCGUGUGAGCGGGGAGGGUCCCCCCAUUUCUCUGCCCUUCUCCCAUCCCACCCAACUCCACCUCCCCCCCGUGAUGCUGGUUUUGGGGCUGGGGGGCCGCCUGCACCUCCAAUGGGGUCCCCGCUUGGAACUCCUGGUGUUGCGUCACCGCUACAGCCGACCCGGCGCCCUGCAGCGCGACCACCUCGGCUUCUACAUCACCAACGGCAGCUGGUUGUCCCCAAGGGCUGGGGGGCUGUUGGGCCGCCUGCGUGGCAUCCGGCUGUUCCCACUGGGGACAACGGGAAUGGCGCGGCUGUCCCGGGGUGAGGUGACAGUGAUGGCCAGGCUGGUGACAAAGGAGCUGCAGGUGGCACAGGGGACAGCCCGGCCUGGCCGCUGCUGGUUGGUCCCACGUUCCAAAGUGCCAGUGCUGCUGGGGGGGCCCUAUGGGGAUUUCCUGUCCCCCUCUUCACUGCCAGCCUAAGAUUGUCCCUGCUGUCCCCACGGA